AUGGAUCACCCCAUUGCUGGAUGUGGGGAUGAUGUGGUGUCAGCCUCAAACGUGAAUAUGAGUGCUUUCUUAUUUAUUAUUGUCUCCCAUGGUUUUCUUUCUCUGUUAUUACACACCGAGUUUCCGUCUGCUCAUAUCUAUCUAUCUAUCUAUCGAUUUCAGUCUGUUCAUAUCUAUAUUUCUAUGUAUUUCAGUCUGCUCAUAUCUAUCUAUCUAUCUAUCUAUCUAUCUAUCUAUCUAUCUCAAUCGGAUCAUAUCUAUCUAUCUAUCUAUCUAUCUAUCGAUUUCAUCUGCUCAUAUCUAUCUAUCUAUCUAUCUAUCUAUCUAUCUAUCUCAAUCGGAUCUAUCUAUCUAUCUAUCUAUCUAUCUAUCUAUCUAUCUAUCUAUCUAUCUAUCUAUCGAUUUCAGUCUGUUCAUAUCUAUCUUUCUAUAUAUUUCAUCUCUCUAUCUCAUAUCUAUCUAUCUAUCUCUAUCUAUCAUAUCUCAAUCGGAUCAUAUCUAUCAUCUAUCUAUCUAUCUAUCUAUCUAUCUAUCUAUCUAUCUAUCUAUCUAUCUAUUUUUCAGUCUGUUCAUAUCUAUAUUUCUAUGUAUUUCAGUCUGAUCAUAUCUAUCUAUCUAUGUUCAUAA